AUGCUGCAUAUCAUAAUGAUACUCAAUAACGUAAACGUAUUCAUUAAGGCGAAUCUGGACUGCCCUGGCAAUCCUAUUCAACCACAAUGUCCGGCUCAUGAAUCGAGACGAAGCCUGAAUCCUGACCCACGGGAGCAGAAGAUGUCAGUCACAGAAAUUCCGGGUGAAACUUUGGCGUGUUGUGGCAUGAAAGACGAGGGCGUCUGUAAUCGUUGCCGUUUCCUCACACGCCUCAUUGGAUUUGUCCAGAUAUUGGAGAGUUGCAGUCCACAUAAUUUUGCCCAUGGCGCUGCUUGUUGA